GAAAAGCUGCUUCUGCUUUCAGUUCUUCUGUUAGAUUCUUCAGAAAUACUUUUUUUGUUGAGAGAUUUGCAGAAAUUAAAAUGUAAGGAGUUCUAUUUCUCUUCAUCCUUACAUAAUGUGACUUCUGAAACUUACCUUCCUACUCUUUUCAUUUGAAAUUCCCUAUAAAUGAAAUUAUAUGCUCAUUCUAUUUUAUCAUUUAACCAUAUAGGAGGCAAACCACUAACACAUUAAUCAUGUAAUAGUUAAUUUGGAUCUUCCAAGGUAUAAAAUAGCCAAGGUAUAACAUUAUAAAAUAAUGUUUCUCAUAAUGGUAAAUGAAAUUAUUCGAUCCUUUUACAAAAUUGAAUAGUCAUAGGUAAACACGGAUGGAUGUAGUCUUUUCAAGAUUUCAGUGAGCUACUGCUGGGGUUUGUAUUGCUAACUUUUUUAUAUAUAUACGUAAGGCAAUUUGGAUGCAGAGAAAGGAAGUAGUAGUAAUUUCAUAAUGAAUUAGUGGAAAAUGUCCAAAACUUUGAACUCUACCCUGAGAUAUAUAAAGGAUCAACGUGCUUUGAGACUCCUAUCGUAGUAUAAUUCUGGUUUGUUAGUACUCAUUAAAUGCUAAUGCUAAAUUUUUAAUGUUUUUGUUUCGGAACAAAGAAAACACAUAAGCCACCAGUUUUGCUCGUAAAUAUAAUAAAUUACUUUCAUAUGUCUUAUUUUGGAAACAGGUUGCCAUAAUUUGCAUCUUGCUUCCUCCAUUUACGGUUAUAUUGUACAACUCAUAGCAGCUGUAGCAAUAUCAUCUGGGAGCUUGUUAAAUAAAAAUACAGAAUCUCAGGCCUCAUCCAGACCUACUGAAUCAGAAUUGCAUUUGUCCCCAGAUGGUACAUCUAUAUGCUAAAGUUUGAAAAGCAUCAAGAACUUCUUAGUAUUACCAUUUGUUUUGUUAAAUGCACAUAAGAAUUAUGAGCAUUAAAUAAUAGAUUUAAGUGAUCAGAAUAAUACUGGCAUGUAAUAAGACCUCAAUAAAUGUUAAUUAUCACUGUUAUUCUCUUAACAAACUCACAAACCCUUUUUAUUGGUUGCUUCAGCUCCUUGUUUGGCUGCUGCUUCGGGUAUUUGUUGCUUCGAGUAUUACUCCCUGAAACAACCUUUCUCUUUGUGUUUUUUCAACCCUUCAAUACUAUGUCUUUUUUCCUUUUUGCUAAGGGCUAUAAGGCACUCUCUUCAGUCUGCUUUCUUUCUCUGCAGAAUCAUAAAACUGGAAGGGACCUUAGAGAUCAUCCAGUCCAAACAUUUUCUUUUGGUUUUGAGGAAACUGAGGUCCUGAGAAGUUAAGGUAUCAUGUUACUGUGUUUGGAGUUUACCCAUUAUACAUCUUCAGCAGAUCUCCCAGACAGAUUGAAAAGGCUGAAACAGGAAAGAUAUAGUGUAGACAUUUUAAAUCUAAAGGAUGUGAUCAGUGUCCAGCUAGAAGAUAAUACAUCUAGCAAAAAUUUUUGCAGCCAGUCUUGUCUUUCAUCAUAUGAAGAAAAAAGAAAAGCAUUUGUUACUAUAUGUACUAAUAGCAUUUUAACCAAGUGCAGCAUGUGUCAGAAGACUACUGUUAAACCAAGCAAAACACUUACAUCUGUUCCUUGCAAAUCAUUGAAGCCCUCAGAUGAAGUGAUUGAGACCACCAAUGACUUGGGGAAGACAGACCUUUUUUGUUCUAUUAAUUGUUUCUCUGCUUACAAUAAAGCUAAGACAGAAUCAUCUACAGUAAAUGUUUCCGUGGUACACGAUGCCUCAACGGAUCUCUUUUCUCCAAAGAAAGAUACAACUCCAGUUAUAAGCAAUAUAGUGUCAUUGGCAGAUACUCAUGUUUCCCUACCCAUCAUGAACUCUGAUGUCUUACAAGCAGAUACAGUUUCUUCAAUAACAGCAAAUGUCAUUGUAGAUAGUUUACCCAGUGAAUCAAGUAGUGGUGUUGCUACUGGUAGUGUUGAACAGCCAAGCCUUUCACCAUCUUCAUCAAUACCCAGUCAGCAUAUGGUUGAGUCCAGUGUAGAAGUACAAAAAGAUCAAGUGUCAAACCAAGAUGCUACAUACAAUAGGAAAUCUGUGAAAAUAAGUGAUGGACUAUGUCACCCAAAAUUUACAUCCAGAGUACAAAAAGUUAAGUCACGAAGCAUUAAAAAAUCUUGGUGUUCAAAUUUCCAGCAUUUGAAAAACAGUAUUAAAAAGGAAGUGACAUUCUGUUAUUCAUGCCAGUUGUUCUGCCAAAAAAAUUUUAGUUUUGGAGGAGAAUCAUUUGCAGCCCAAGGAAUUUCUAAUUGGAAAAAGACUCUAGAAAAAUUCAGAAAGCAUGAAAAAAGUGAAAUGCAUUUGAAGUCAUUGCAGUUUUGGAGGGAAUACCAGUUUUCUGAUGAAGUCAUCAGUGAUAAUUUAUCUAUUCAUUCAAAACAGAUUGAAGGAAAUAAAAAGUACCUAAAGCUUAUAAUUGAAAAUAUUUUAUUUCUUGGGAAGCAGUGUUUACCAUUAAGAGGAAAUGACCAAUCGAUUUCAUCUGUGAAUAAAGGCAAUUUUUUAGAACUGUUAGAAAUCAGAGCAAAAGAUAAAGGAGAAGAAAUAUUUCGAUUUAUGAGUUCACAAGUUGACUUCUAUAAUAGUACACAAAUUCAAAAUGAUAUUAUUGAAAUAAUAAAGACUGAAAUGCUGCAAGAUAUUGUGAAUGAAAUCAAUGCCUCCUCAGCUUUUUCAAUAAUAUGUGAUGAGACAACUGAUAGUGCCACUAAAGAACAGCUUUCAGUUUGUGUAAGAUACCCACAAAAAAUGUCAAAGGCUGUCUUAAUUAAAGAAAGAUUCUUGGGUUUCGUAGAUAUUGAAGAGAUGACUGGGACUAACUUACAUAGGACUAUCAAAACUUACCUGCAGCAAAUUGGAGUUGAUCUGAAGAAGAUAUGUGGCCAGGCCUAUGAUAGUACUACUAAUUUGAGGGGAAAAUUUAGUAAAAUUGCAGCAGAAUUCAAGAAAGAAGAGCCAAGAGCUUUGUACAUACAUUGUUAUGCACAUUUUUUGGAUUUAUCAGUAAUUAGGUUUUGUAAAGAAGUGAAAGAACUCCGAAGUGCUCUAAAUACUCUCAACUCUUUGUUCAACACUAUUCAUAUGUCUGGGGAAAUGUCUGCAAAUUUUCAAAACAUUUGUAAGCUAAGUCAAAACAAAACAUGCAAGAAACAUAUAUCACAAUCAUGUUGGACAGUCCAUGAUCAUAUAUUACUGUCUGUGAUUGAGGGCCUUCCAGAGAUUAUUGAAACAUUGGAAGUUGUAUCAAGCCAUUCUUCAAACACAAGUUUGGCUGAUGAAUUGAGUGAUUUGUUAAUAUUGGUUUCCAAAUUUGAAUUUAUCUUUUGUUUGAAAUUUCUUUAUCGAGUGUUAAGUGUUACAGGAAUUCUUUCCAAAGAGCUUCAAAGUGAAACCAUAGAUAUUUUUUCGUUGUCUUCAAAAAUAGAAGCAAUUUUGGAAUGUUUAUCAUCUGAAAGAAAUGAUGCCUAUUUCAAAACUAUCUGGGAUGGAGCAGAAGAAAUAUGUCAAAAAAUAACCAGUAAAGGUUUUGAAGUUGAAAGACCUUCUUUUCAGAAAAGAAGAAAAAUUCAGAAAACAGAUCUUGGCAAUUCAGAUAGUAUGUUUUUUCCUACUUCAACAGAAGAACAAUAUAAAAUUAAUAUUUAUUACCAAGGAUUGGAUACUAUAUUAAAUAAUUUAAAAUUAUGUUUUUCAGAGUUUGAUUAUUGUAAAAUGAAGCAAAUUUCAGAACUAUUAUUUAAAUGGAAUGAACCAUUAAAUGAAACAACAGCCAAACAUGUCCAAGAAUUUUAUAAACUUGAUGCAGAUAUCAUCCCAGAACUUAGAUUUUAUCGGCAAUAUGCAAAGCUCAAUUUUGUCAUAGAUUAUGAUUAUAUCAACUUCAUUAAUCUUGGCUGUUUGUUUAUUCAGCAUGGUCUUCACAAUAAUAUUCCUUGCAUAUCAAAGUUAUUAUAUAUUGCUUUGUCUUGGCCAGUUACUUCAAGUGCUGAAAAUUCAUUUUCUAUACUGCCCCGUCUUAAAACAUAUUUAUGUCAUACCCUGGGACAAGAGAAGCUUAGCAGCCUAGCCCUAAUGGCUGUUGAGCAGGAAUUGGUAAAUAAACUGAUGGAACCUGAAAGACUCAAUGGAAUUGUGGAAAAGUUUAUCCAUCAGAUGAAAGAAACAUAACACUUGCUAAUUUGAAUUUACCUAAAAAUUUUGUAUUUCUGCUGGAAUGUUUGUUUUUUAUUUCAAAAUUUUAUCUCCUAAGAAAAAAAAUUUUUUUCAUCAGAACAUGUAACAUUCACUUGAUUGAAAAUUCAAAAAAAAUGGACUGAAAAGAGAUAAGUCUCCUUCCCCAUUUUAGUACCCAAUUCCUCUUCCCUGUAGUGUUAUCUGUUUCUCAAAUAUCCUCCUGGAGAUAUUUUUCACAGAUAAUACUCUGCAGUGCAUACCGUUCUUCAACUUGUCCACUUAACGUAUUUUUGAGAUUGUCCUAUGUCAGUACAUAGUUUCUUUUUUUUUUUUUACAACUGCAUAAAAUUUCAUUGUAUGAAUGUACCAUAAUAUAUUUGAGCAGUACCUAACAAUAAACAUUUCAAUUCUUUCUAGUAUUUUGCUAUUAUAAAUAAUCCUGCAUUUAAUAACCUCGUACAGGGGCCUGGGUGGCUCAGUCGGUUAAGCGUCUGCCUUCAGCUUGGGCCAUGAUCCCAGGGUCCUGGGAUCGA